GUUGAAUUUUGACAUUUAAAAGUUUUAGAUAUGUUAGUAAUCCAGUUGAUAAAUGAAAUAUAAUAUGUUAUCUUAGUAAAUAAUAAUCCCAUUGUACGAAAACAAAAACUCACUGAAUCGGUAUACUAAGAAAAUUUUAGGUACAUUUCAAAGAAAACAAUAUCAAAAUGGACAAAUUGCGAAGAGUUUUAAGUGGAAACGAGUCCCCAGACGAAGAGAGCGGUAUAAUGUCACAAUUAGAUGAUGCCUCCACAUUGAGUUGGUCAACAAGACUGAAGGGUUUUUUAGCAUGUUUCAUAGUAGGCAUACUACUAUCUUUUUUGGGCUCAUUUGCUUUAUUUUUACACGGAGGUUUAUCAGUAUUUGCAGUAUUUUACACCUUAGGGAAUGUCACAUCCAUAUUAAGCACCUGCUUCCUUAUGGGUCCCUUCAACCAAAUUAAGAAAAUGUUCGCUUCCAAUAGAUAUAUCGCUACAAUUUUAGUUAUAGUUUCUUUUACUUUAACGUUGAUUUCAGCACUUCUGCUAAAGAAAGCCGUUCUUGCUCUACUCUUCAUUAUCAUUCAGUCAUUAUCUAUGACAUGGUAUUCGCUGUCCUACAUACCAUACGCAAGGGAUGCCGUUAAAAAAACUGUCAUGGCGUGUGUAGUGUAGAUCAAUAGUUGUUUAGUUUUUUUUUUCUACUAAAUACGUAAUUAUCUGAAUAAUUGUAAAUAAUUUAAUUUGUAAAUCUCUUAUUAAAAAUAUAUUAUAUCUAACUGUUAGAA